GCAGCGGCCAACUUCCGGCGCGCUGUGGCGGGCGGGCGAUGGCGGCGCAGUUCCGCAGCUACGUGUGGGACCCGGCGCUGAUCCUGGCGCAGAUGGUGCUGCUGCAGGCGGGCUACUACAGCUCGCUCGGGCUCUGGCUCGCCCUGCUCGGCACCCUGGGCAGCACCGGGCCCUCCCUACACCAGGUCUUCAGCGACGAGAUUUUAGGCUUCUCAACCCCACCUGGGAGGCUCUCCAUGAUGGCUUUCAUCCUCAAUGCACUCACCUGUGCUCUGGGCUUGCUGUACUUCAUCCGCCGAGGAAAGCAGUGCCUGGAUUUCACAGUCACGGUUCACUUCUUCCACCUUCUGGGCUGCUGGAUUUAUAACUCGCACUUUCCCUCGACUCUAACAUGGUGGCUGGUGCACAUUGUGUGCACUGCACUGAUGGCUGCUAUUGGGGAGUACCUCUGCAUGAGGAUAGAACUCAGAGAAAUCCCCCUCAGUUCUGCCCCUAAAUCCAACGUAUAGACUCGCUCUGGCAACAACAUGCUGCAUUAUGUCAUUGUUUCCAGCACAAGUGCAUCUAAUGCCUGAGAACCAUCACUGAAGAAGCACAGCAGGUCUGUUUAGACUUGUUUUUUUUCUUUCGGACCUUGGUGACUGCAUGAGUUUGAACGUCUCCUCCGGCAUCAGCCGACAACAGGGGAGGAGCAGAUGUUUAUUUUGUUAACACAAAGCAUUUAAUAUGACUGUAUGGUGAGUGUGCUCUUAAACUCUUCACUCAUGAGACUGUUAAAGCCAGGUAGCAAAACUUGAUGCAUGAGGAGCAUCUGGAAUUUAACAGAUGUGGGAGUGCCCAGUAUGGGUAAUGCAAUGGUCAGCUCUUCCUGUGGGAGCUGGCGCAGUGAGCGGUGGGGCUGGGAGCUGCUGCUUCUCUAACUUGUUUGGGCUUUGGUUGGAAAAAAAGUCAAGGAAGUGAAUGGAUGGGGAGAAAGAAAAUAGUUGUACUUACCUGAAUCACCAGCUGAGACCCUAGAAACCUAUGUUAGAUGGGUUGGUUUGCUGUUUCCAUGUUUAAUACACGGAGGUGUCAGACAGCAGUUUGCUGAAGAAAUCUUUUAUAAUAAUAAAAAUAUGUUCCUGUGAGUGUGUUACGGUUCUCCUGGGAAGCUGAACACUUCAAGAAAUACCAUGAGCGUCUGUAUCAUGGCAACAGAAGGACGGGGCCAGAGGAGAUGUGGCUGUAAGAUGCCCACUGUCUAGGGCACAUAAAAUUUCCUACAAUAAAUAUUUCAUACCUCUGCUCUGAAAUGAA